UAAAACCUCUGCUAAGAGAGUUCUGCGUAGCCUCGUUAUUUAACAUGUUUAUCGGCAACGAGUGAACCGCGCGAUUUGAUUGGCUGGUUUAUACCUCGCGGGGAAUUCAACGGGCUGCCUCUCAGUGUUCUGUCAGUAGCUUCAUUGUCUUCACAACUGCUCCAGAUUUUAUAUCAAGCGCUUUAAACGAAGGCACAUUAGAUCUUGUCGACUUGGGGAAGCUUGAACAUCUUGUUGGUCUGUACGAGGAAUCUACCAUCUUUGAUAGGAGUUGUUGGGAUUUCGCUAAAAAUCUACUUCUUUCCACGCACCCGCAAGCUAUAGACAUGUUUUCGGUCUCCAGUGUGAAUCCUUCCCUGGACGAGAACAGCAUGGAGACUCGAGCUCAGGGGCAGAGAAGGUCUAAACGAGAAGACUUUCAAACUAGGAAUAAUGGACCAAUUGCACCAAAACGGGCAGCUUUGGGAACUAUUACCAACCAGUCUCAAAGAAUUCAGCCGUUUAGAGCCGCUAAGGCAUCCACCAAUGAAAUUUGCUCGGAUAAGGAGAACGCUUUCACGAAAGCUGCUGGAAAAUCCGCUUUCGGAGAGUUGCAGUCGUUCAAAAUCCACAUUGACCAAGAGAAUGUUGGAAUUCAAACAAGGCAGAGAUCGCAGGUUUCUGAAUCUUCCGAGCCUAAGCUGGAGUUGAACGACGCCAUAACCGCCCUACCGAGGGUGCCAUUGUCCACAGCUCAGGUGGACGACCAUGACAUAUCUAUAGACGAAAAGACUGAAUCUCCUAUGGUGUUGGAUACUUCUAUAGAAGAAAGGGAUGAAAAAGCAGAUCGUGAUGCCAUAAUAGUGGGCGUGCCAGAGUAUGCCGCAGACAUCUAUGCUUACUUAAGGGAAGCAGAGACCAGAAAUCGUCCAAAAGCUGGUUACAUGAAGAAGCAGCCAGAUAUCACGACUAACAUGAGGUGUAUAUUGGUAGACUGGCUAGUAGAGGUUGCAGAGGAAUACAAGCUUCACAGGGAAACUCUGUUCUUGGCUGUUAACUACAUUGACCGGUUUCUCUCACAUAUGUCCGUCCUUAGAGGAAAGCUACAACUUGUGGGAGCAGCCAGCAUGUUCUUGGCAGCAAAAUAUGAAGAAAUUUAUCCACCAGAUGUUGGGGAAUUUGUUUACAUCACUGACGACACCUAUUCAAAGAAGCAGGUAUUACGAAUGGAGCACUUGGUGUUGAAGGUUCUGUCUUUUGAUGUGGCAGUCCCCACCAUUAACUGGUUCUGUGAGCGCUUUGUUAAGCAAUGUGGUGCUGAUGAGAAAGUGGAGGCUCUGGCUAUGUUCUUGAUUGAAUCGACGUUGAUAGAUGCUGAGACUUAUAUGAAGUUCUUGCCCAGUACGAUAGCUGCAGCUGCUGUCUGUUUAGCCAACCACACAUUCCAGAAAGAAGCCUGGUCUAGUCAAAUGGUCCAAGAGACUGGUUAUGACAUCCCUCAGUUGAGUGAAUGCCUGCACCAGUUACAUCGUACCUUCUGUGAGUCUCCAAACCACGCACAACAGGCUGUGCAGGAGAAAUACAGACAACCAAAAUUCCACCAGGUGUCGCUCAUGCAACCUCCCAUGUCGCUACCAUUGUAGCCAAUCUCAGUGCUGUACUUCCAUUGGACAUUUCCCCAAAAUGCCAUUGUUCUUUCAUUUACUCCUAGGGUAUCAGGGGCCCAUGUUCACUUUGCACAUGUGGCUUGUUUCAAUACUGGAGAACCAGUUGAUUUUAAGCUGUCUGUGUUUCCUGAAAUGGGCUCAUCCUUCAGAGCAUAACA